UACCGGUACUCAUCCUUCGAAAUUGUUUUUGUGUAGCCAGGUGAUAAAUAGAGACAAGAGCAUGACGCGUGAACAGAAUUUAAACAGGAGAUACGGGAGAGCAACUGUAGAGAAUUCAUCGAAUGCCACCCGUCCUGUGUCAAAACCGUACAUUCUUGUUGCGAUCUCGGCAACUGUGUGUUAUUUAAAUUCCUUGUUCGGCGAGUUUGUUUACGAUGACUUCGAAGUCUUUGAAACGAACGCAGAUGUCAGGCCAUCGACGCCAAUUUCUAACCUGUUAACAAACGACUUUUGGGGCAUUCCGCUGGAAAGAAACGAUUCUCACAAAUCAUAUCGCCCUAUAACUGUUUUAACAUUCCGCUGGAAUUUUCUCGCUGGAGGCCUCGAUCCAACAGGAUACCACGUCAUUAAUGUAGCUUUACAUGGCACUGUCUCGGCACUAUUUUUUCAUAUAUGCACAAGGAUUUUAGGUGAUUACGGGAAUUUUCAAACUGGAUCAUUGCCUCUUCUAUGUGGUAUGUUUUUCGCACUUCAACCGAUACAUACAGAGGCUGUAGCGAAUGUCGUGGGUCGCGCAGAAAUCCUCUGUGCCUAUUUCUAUCUCUUGGCCUUGUUGUCGUACAUAAACUGCUUUCCUGAUGGGACUACAAACGCCAGCAGUAAAAGACCAGCGAAAUACUCAAGACUUUGGCUUGUUUCCUGCAUCUUUUGGUGCGUGUUAUCUCUGUUUAGCAAAGAACAGGGCAUCACAGCUCUAGCAGUUUGUAUUGCGUACGAUUUCAUUUUUGUCUGCAAGAUUAAAGGGGAACAUUUGUUCAAAGUAUGUUCUUCACCUACAGUGUUAUUAAGUUAUAGACAAUGGCCGAAAUGGGCCGUUCGAUUGGUCGAAAGACUUUCCAUCCUCGCCUUGGCGUCUGUGAUUCUUUUGUAUUUGAGAAUUGUGAUCAUCUCUAGAGGUUUUGUACUUUCCUUCACUAAGUCCGACAAUCCUACAUUGUUUCAUCCAGACGUAUGGACACGAUUUAGAACUUACUCCUAUUUGUGCGCGCUGAAUGCUCGACUUCUUCUAUGUCCAAGUAGCCUGUGUUAUGAUUGGUCCAUGGACAGCAUAUCCCGGAUUGAAUCAUGGUGGGACAUGCGCAAUGUGCAAACGCUCGUAUUCAGUGGUAUACUCGUUUGUUUGUGCUGUUAUGGUCUAAAGUCUUCCAGCAUGUCUACACCUUCUCAUGAAACGACUGGAAAGUCCAAAAAAAGUUAUUCAAAGACACUAGAUUCUAAUGAGAAUGACAUUCGCUUCAAAGAUAAUUUCAAGUAUGUAAAGUCCCAGCAUUGUGGACUAAAAAUGGAGGAGUUUGAGUCUCUUCAGAGAAGGCGAAUUGUGAUGUUCUCACUGGCUCUGAUGAUCAUACCAUUUCUACCAGCUUCCAAUCUCUUCCUGCCCGUUGGGUUUGUUAUCGCAGAGAGAAUUCUUUACAUUCCUAGUAUGGGACUCUGCAUUCUGGUUCCAUUUGGAAUCUCAAUUUUGUUUGGAAAACAAACAAAAGUAGAAGAAGAUUCUUCAACACAUGAGAGCCCAAAUAAAAUUCGUUUCCAUGAAACUUCACCUUCAAGUUGGAGUUUUAGUCUCAGUGCCACUGGUACGGUUCUAACUUACAGUCUUCUGUUGUUGUUCGCUGCAAAGACAGUACACCGCAAUUCAGAAUGGCUGAACAAAGAGGAGCUGGCCCGAUCAGGACUGAAAGUGAACCCCACCAAUGCCAAGAUUCACGUUAUGCUUGGAAAUGUUCUGGCAAAGAAGGGUCUUAUGGCAUGUGAAAGAUACUACCGUGAGGCCUUGCGCUUGAGACCACAUUACGUUGCAGCCUGGGAGAACCUGGGUCUAGUACUCCUGAACACAGGUAGAGCACAGGAGGCCGAGAAAUGUUACCUUAAAGCACUGUCAAUCAAACCAAAUAGUGCAGACGGCAAUAUAAACUUGGCGCACCUGUUAAGAGUGACCAGCAGAUGGAAAGAAGCGCAUGAACAGUAUGUGAAGGCACUGUCCCUCAGACCUAACAACCCACAACUGCAUUACUUUCAUGGUGUCGUUUUGGAGAAGCUUGGAAAGCGAAAGAGAGCAGAGGAGAAAUACCUUAAGACAACAGAAUUAACGCCUUCGGAUCCAAUACCCUUCUUUUCGCUUGGGAAGAUGCUCUUGUGGCCGGUUUUGAGGAAAGAGGGGAAAAAUGUAACCGAAAAAGUCAUUAAAAAGGGAGAAGAGUACCUUCGGAAAGGAUUGGCAUUGGAUCCGCUGGACAUCAACAGCCGUCUUCUGCUCGUGCAAGUUCAACUUAUGAGGGGCGAACUCGAUUCCGCUGAAAAAGAAGUCCGUUUUGUUCUAACACAUGAUGAGUACAACAUCAACGCCGAGUACGUUUUAGGAAGGAUUUUAGAACUUAAAGGUUUACUCAAACAAGCCAGACAUUACUUUCUCGAUGUUCUAAAAAAAGAUCACUUACAUAACGGAGCAAUUGCUGCGCUACAACGCAUAGCUAAAAAGGUUAAAUAGAUUGUGCAGUUUACACUAUAGCUAUAAAAAAUAGGUAGUGCCCAUUAACUUAAUGUAAAAAAAUUAAUCAGCAUACGUGCAUCUUACAAAAUCUUGCGUUCAAAUUGUGUUUAACGGAGACAUUGAAGCUGUUGCCAUUUUAAGGAGAUGAAUAAUCAUGCCUUGGCAAAAAUAGGAAUUUCAUUGAUUUAGAAUAUGUUUUAAUUGACUGUCGUAAAACGAAAACCAAAGUAAUCACAACACCCAGUCAUAACAAAGGUUAUCUUCAUCAUUGGUCAAUGAGGACUCAAGAUAAAAAGGCAAGCUGACAAAAGCGCGGGAAAACGCGAGCCACCAAAAGCGCGGGAUAACACAGGCAACCAAGUCACGAUUGGUUUUCGUUUCGCGCCUGAUUGAUUUGGAGCAUAAUUCUGCGAGUUUUCUGAACCAAGCACAGACAGUUUUAAAGCAGAACCAAAACAAUCCCAGAAUACUUUCGAACCUCAAUUGACAAUUGCUCUAGUGUGUGAACAGGUUAAGAUUACCUAAAUAUCAGUAAUUCGAGUCAUGGAGAAGUAAAGUUUGAUUUAACCGACACAAUACACAGAAAUUGAAGGUCGACUCAACAUUAAAUGUAUUUAUUUCCUGUACAUUGCUUUUAGUAUAUUUAAUUAAUUCUUAACUAAAUUUGCAAUCUAAGUCUAUCAAUUACACUAAGCUAUCUACCAGCAUAAGAUGUGGAGGAUGGUAAAAAGCGAGACCCGGGGGAUGCCCAGACCUCUGUUUGAAAAUCCAAGACCCUUUUGGUGCGCCUCAUUCCCAUAGUUCCGUGCAGUGCGGGAACAUCAAUAUUUGUUUAAGCUGAGUUUUUUUUACUCACACGGACUUCGCCCAAAAGGAGGGACUGUACGUAGUCUAACCGUUACUACACUUAAAGGAUUAUUAAUAGACUUUUGCCUGGCACAGCGGUAAUUCCAAACCACCUAAGCUUUCAAGACCCUCUGCUUUGAGAAGAACUCCACGACUUUGAGAAACUAAGGACAGAAGUAUGAGAAUGUAAGACGCAUCACAAGACUUGCGAUUUUUUCAUGGAACCAUUCGCCAUUCCUGAUAUGAGAGAAAUUCUAACGAAUUACCAGAUGCUGAGCGAGGCUCGUCCGUAAGCUAGAGCGGGGCUUCUUUUCUAAAUUUGCAAAAUAGAUGCACUACAAAUGCUGGAUUCACAUCAAACUUUUGAAUUUCAUAAACGUAAAUGCUAAUGAAUAUAAUUUUAUCAGAAGAACAUUUGGUGACGUCGUUUAGAACGAAGACAAAUUUAGUCAAUUCCAUUUUACCCUUAAAAAAAAAACAUAUCGACUAACGUCUAUGGAAUUUUUUGGCUGUUCGAAUGUCAAGAUCAUUUUCCAAAACUUUCAAGAUUCACACAACAAAAACAUGGUAAAUUCCAAGAACAGAAAGUUUUCAGAACGACUUUUAAAAUGCGUCGUGCACGUACAAUAAGUAUAUUUACAUGUCCCAUUUGUCAGGGAGACUAUCACCUUGGAAUGUUUGGGAAAAUUCAAAUAUAAUUUGAACUUUUUCUAAGUACUGUGCCUUGAAUGAGUGAGAGUCGAAGAAUAAUUGGCGAGAAAGAUAUCCCUCUUUCAGUUUACCUAAAAUCUCGUACUUCAAAGCUAUUUUUGGGUCAUGGUCAGGGUCAUGGUCAGGGUCAUGGUCAGGAUCAUGGUGAGGGUCAUGGUCAGGGUCAUGGUCA